AUGUCGCAUUGGAGGGUUCAGCAAUGGCGAGCAUUCGCCAAACAGUGGUAUAUUUACGACGCAUUCAUGCAAUGCCCAAUGCUAUCCGGAGAGAAAAUAGCGAAGUAUCUGAUGGGGAAACAUAUACGCUACUAUGAUCCUCAAAGUAAGAUAAAUCUUGUGUUCCGCAUGUUCUGUGGUUUCAGCGGAUUUCGGAGCCAACGUUAUUGUUUUCAAUACCAGGCAUAUAGCUGCUAA